AAUCAGCUUUUAAUUGUUACAAUCGUUUCACUUUAAAAUGAUGUAAUAAAAUAAGGUAAAAUUAUAAAGCUACAGAUUUGUGGACAGUGUGUGGUUGAUAAUUUAUCAUCUUGGGUUUUUUACUGUCUUAAACCAAGAAGCCAGUAACUGGAAAUUCCUGCUUCCAGAUGACGAAUCAAAGUUAAGAAUAAUGAUAUAAAAUAAAUAUGUGAAGAUAAAAUGAAGCUUUGAGCUCUGAAACAGGACAAAGAUUAGAUUCAAUUUAAGUGUACAAACCUGUUCUCAUUAUAAGAUUCACUAACAGCUACCCAACAUUUCCUUAUUAAUAAUUACAAAGAGACAGACCAGAAUAAUAAUAAUAAUAAUAAACACUAAAUAAAUAAGUGGAGGAACAUCUGACCCUGAUCCACCUCAUGCCAUCAAGUUCAUCCUAAUGUUGGAGCCAGAUAAGAUGCAGUAGAACACCUACAGUGAGUGUCACCAGAUCUCACCACCUCAGAGUGUUAGAUGACGUCUGAACCAUCAUCAUCAUCAUCAUCAUCAUCAUCAUCAUCAUCAUCAUCAUCGGAACACCAGCUGAGGAAGAUCUUUCACAGGAACACUUGGUCUGUCGUUCCACUGCACGUUCAGAGAUUGUAGAAUUGAUUCUGAGAUGCACUGAAGUUUACGGCUGGUGGUUUUCCAACAUCUUACUAAGGUAGCAGGUUGGACAUAAUAAUGGAAAUAUCAUGAGAACGAUAAUUACAGCAUAAUAGUUCAGUUAUAGUUCAUUAGUUAAUUAGUUGGUACCUGGUUUGAUGCACAUGGAGAUAAGGUCAAGCUUCCACAUUCUCCCAGUCAUCAGAAUUAAACACCAUUAAGGUGGAGGGCAUUCUGAGAAAAAAUCCAGCUUUCCUGCAGAGAGAAACUGUGGAUCCAGACUGUAACUCCUGAAAAUAAAUGGGAUGGAGAUGGUAGGAUGUUCUGGAGACAGGGUGAGGGAGGGGAGAGUGGGAUGGUCUGAGCAUGUUCAGAAGAGAGAUGAGAGCUCUAUCAGGAGAAGAUGCUGAAGGGGAAAGGGUUUAUGGAUGUGGUGGGGGAAAUGGAGACGAAUGAUAUAUUGUGAUAUAUUGUGAUAUAUUGUGAUGUGAUAUAUUGUGAUAUAUUGUGAUAUAUUGUGAUGUAUUGUGAUGUAUUGUGAUGUAUUGUGUAAGCUGUUAUCAGAGCAUCAUGACUCUGUAGAAUUAACGGCUGAUUUCUGACGUGCAGGUUGAACUGAAGCCCAGUUUGUGAAUCAGAUGGUUAAUGAGUGAUUAAUAAGAAACUCAGCUGGAGGUUCAAAGUUCACAUGACAGGUCUAACAGGACGUGAACCUGAUGAAGAAGAGUGAACGUCCCACCUGGAUUAAAUCAGCGCUGUGUGUGAUCUCAUGGAGGAAACGUCACAAACCAUGAGCUUCUCCUAGUCAUCGGAACCAUGGAUCGAGGCGAUGGAGAGUUUACUAAAUUCCGGUGGAUCUGCACCGUCAUCGGAAUGAUCUUUUCCGUGGUGGAUAUCGGAUCAGACCUGCUGCUCAGUGCUCAGUAUUGUUGGAAGGGAUACUACGCUUGGUUUGGACUGACGGUGUCGUUUAUCCUGGUCGGGUCUCUGUGCGCACAGAUCUUCAGCUACUCCUGGUUCAGAGAUGAUCUAAGAGAGGAAGAGCUGAGAAGAGAAGAUGAUGUGAGGAGAGAAGAACAAGCUUCCACGCCUUGUCAGGCUCUGCUGCAUCUGCUCCAGCUGGGCUUCUACGAAAGGUACUGUGACCUUCUGAAGAGAAGCUUUAAAAGUGUUUGGCGCUCCCACCCUGGAGAAGCUGAUCACAGGGAGCUAUUUGGGAUGGCGGCUGAUCUGAGCAUGCUUCGUCUGAUCGAGACCUUCCUGGAGAGCGUUCCUCAGCUGCUCCUGCAGACCUACAUCAUCCUCCAGCACCACCACACCUCUAAGAUCCAGUAUCUGAGCAUGGCCGUGUCCUUCCUGAACGUGGCCUGGAGCGUGGUGGAUUACUGGCGCUGUUUGCGCCGAUCCCUCCCCGGCACGAACGAGAUGCCGCGCGGCUUCCCCACACUCGUCUACCUUCUCUAUAAGAUCCUGACCAUCUCGGCUCGCGUCCUGAGCUUCACCCUGCUCAUCAUGCUCAGCACCUUCAGCAUCCUGGCCAUGGCGUUCAUCUGGCUGGUGGGAACCGUCUGGGCUUACGUGGUGGGAACGGACUUCUGUACGUCCCGGUGCCUGGAGCAGCUUUACCGCUGCAUCAUCGGGGUCAUCCUGGUCUUCACCUUCUUUAACGUGGAAGGAAAGAACAGCAGAAAAGCGAUGAGCCUGUAUUACACCCUCAGCACCCUGGAGAACCUCGCCGCUCCCGUCCUCAUGUGGCUGUUCGAUCCAAGAAGCGAGCAGGUCGAUUUCUUCUUACCUGUCACGGUUUUUAUACUGAUGGCGAACGUGAUGGGACUGCUGUUCCUGGUUCUGUACUACAGCGCUUUACACCCCAUGCACAGACAAGCAGACGAACUAGAUGGAAGGAGGCAAAUAAUGAACGCAAACAACGUCUCACCAGGACGUAUAGAACGAUUUUUAAUGUUCAGAAGAGGCUGAUUAAAAUAAAGUUCCAUUCAGAAACUUUUAAACCUUGUGAUGAACAGAAAGCUUUUCACAAAAAUACUGAAUAUUUUAAAGCUUUUUUUUUUUAUCUCAAACUACAAACCAGUGGAUUUUUUAUUGCACAUAUUGUUAUUUUUUAUUUAUUUUAAAGACGCUUAAUAUUGUGCUGCUAGUGGAAGAAC